UGCGAAAAGGGAAGUUGAAAGAAGUGGGAGAGGGACAUCGCGGAGCCUUAUGAAAUCUAAUGUUACAGUUGCUGGCUGGGUACUGGACACACUGUGAACAGACACUGAAGUGCCACAAAUAUUGUCCUGGAGACAACAUUUACAUUAACUAGCUUCCUCUUUUUGGCAGGUAUUUUCUGAGGUUUUUCACAGUACGUCAGUGUCCAGAGGAAGAGAACGGACAGUGUGACAUGGCAAGUAGAGGCGGAGCUACACGACCCAAUGGGCCAAACGCAGGCAACAAGAUUUGUCAGUUCAAACUUGUGCUUUUAGGAGAGUCAGCAGUUGGGAAGUCAAGUCUUGUACUUCGUUUUGUCAAGGGACAGUUUCACGAAUUCCAAGAGAGCACAAUCGGAGCUGCCUUCCUGACUCAGACAGUAUGUUUGGACGACACAACAGUCAAGUUUGAAAUCUGGGACACAGCUGGUCAGGAGCGCUACCACAGUCUGGCUCCCAUGUACUACAGAGGUGCCCAGGCGGCCAUCGUGGUCUAUGAUAUAACAAAUGAGGAGUCAUUUGUACGGGCGAAGAACUGGGUUAAAGAGCUUCAGAGACAAGCCAGUCCAAACAUUGUAAUAGCCCUGGCUGGGAACAAGGCCGAUCUCGCAAACAAGAGAGCACUGGACUUCCAGGAUGCACAGUCAUAUGCAGAUGAUAACAGCUUGCUUUUCAUGGAAACAUCAGCAAAGACCUCUAUGAACGUGAAUGAGAUUUUCAUGGCCAUUGCAAAGAAGCUUCCCAAGAACGAGCCUCAAGCUGCCGGAGCCAGUAGCGGGCGGAACCGGGGUGUGGACCUGACAGAGACGGCUCAGCCCACCAGCCGUCCCUGCUGCAGUAACUAACCCAGCUCUUCCUGCUCAUCCUCCCCCCACACACACACAUCCCCGCCCACUCUGCCCCCCUCCCCACACACCCCCCCUCUCUCAACUGAACAACAUCUGGACAUCGGGCUCCUUGGCUCUCUGACGUCAGACCUGACCCUCAGCCUCACUCCCCUGGAUUAGCUAAAAGACUCUGUAUAGCUGCAUUUCUAAUACCUUUUUUUUGUUGAUGUUCUUUUUUUUUUUUUUAACUUUUUUUAAGAAGUGUAUAUCAGUAUAAUGGAUGCAUGUAUCACUACAACGCCUAAAACACACACAUUUUUGUUUCUUAUUAAGUUGGAAGACUAACCCCUGUUUAGGAAAGCUGAGCGAGUGAGAAACCUGUGAACGUGUGAUUGUGUCGAGUGUGAGUUUCUAAGGGUGAUUUGCUGAUGAGAAGGUGUAGCCUCAUUUGUCACUUCACAGGGUCGACUGGAUGCGAAUUAUGUUGCCUGUAAUACUCUUGUGUGUGCGGGUUAAGUUUUACUCACAAUCAGAAGAAAACCAAAUUGCUCCCAUCUUGAGACGCCCGGCUUCUCAGACUGUUUGUUGUGAGGCAUCGAUGUGUUGAGACAGUGCCAGGGAAGGACUGUCGUGCAAACUGAGAGCCCCUCCCUCCUCACAUCUGUUACUUGAGAGGACAUCUUCAUCCAAGGCUCCUGAUGGAAAAGUGUGGAAAAUAAUCCUAGAAUUCUUCAGUUUUUUGAAAAAGUUGGAAAUACAGAUGGGUAUAGAAGAAAAACAGCCUUGAUACAUGUCAGUAAAAGCAAAAAAAAAAAAAAAAGGUGACUUCUCAUCUGCAGAACGAUAUGGGCCUGUCACAUCAUAUUGAACAACAAAGUCUUCAUGCUAUGGAAAACACAGAGAUUUGGAAAAGUGCGGGAACAUCAGGAGUCCAAACCUGAAACCGGUAUGACAGGAUAUUUAAAUUUAGCUUUGCUGCUUUCAUGCUGCAGCAUCAUCUAGUCCAUUGCAGAAGUCCCAUGUCAGUGACACCGAUCACAUGAAACAGAGAAUCAACAGGAAAGCUGAAGACUAUUGAACAUCCUGCUUUGUGAGUCAUCUUGCAAAGACUCAAACACACAACUAGUGCUUUGUCACACUUGGUUAUUUUUUGUGAAUCCUCUCUGUUUCUGUUCAGGCCAGUAGCCAACCUGCAUCGGUUUGGGUGAGGAGUCAAAGAGGGGGAGAGGGGGGCUGGUUAUUAGAAUAGAGUUCAGACAGCACACAAACAGAAAAUUGGACUACUACCCAUUGUCACAAGUCUGUGGAAAAAAAUAUACUCUAAUGUUGUUAUAGGGUGCAAUGUUGCAAUGUUGUCUUCUUCCUCCUUUAGUACAGCUUGCAGAGCUUAUGAGCUCACCAGGAAAUUUACCUAGAGAUUCCGAACAAUUGUACAGUUCAAUAGAGGUCUGCUUUUUUUUUUUUCUUUCUUUCUUUUUUUUCAUUUUCAUUCUAGACCUUGUCACAAACUGGUCAAAUGUUAAGCAGUGGUGGUCUUUUUAGGUAUAUGUAGUGUUAUUAACAAAAUCCCUAUGUGGUGUCUUGUUACUUUUCUCCUGAAAUGGUCCAUGGUCAUGUUUGAAAGGAACUUUUAUUGCAUUGCACAGUGUUGAUCAUGUUUUAAUUAAUGAUGACUGCCCUUCGAUUUUAUAUGACAGACUGUAUUGGACUUGCUAACCUAUGGCUAUAAACAGGUAGCAUAAUUAACCUAACUGGUGGUCUCUCUUACAGCUCAAUGAAUUUUAAUGAUGUAAAAACAGCAUUACUAGUGAUGGGCUGAUCAGUUUUGAGUGUCUGAAUACAACUUAAUAAAUUCAAUAAAGAGGUCUCUUGCA